CUCGUCUACACAAAUUUACACAGAAUGGCACCGUCAAAGAAGGGAAAAAAGUCUGACAAGAGCGAGCCGGUGAAGAAGGUGACCCAGGACUCUCGGUUUGCGCACGUCCAAGAGGACCCGCGGUUCAUGCGGCCAAAGAAGGGGCAGAGCAAGGUCAAGGUCGACAAGCGGUUUGCGCACAUGGUCAAGGACAAGGAUUUCACCGAGACAUCCAAGGUUGACCGGUAUGGCCGUGUACGCGAGGACAACAGAAUCGAAGCGCAGCUGCGCAACACGUACGACUUCAGCGGCUCAGAGGAGGAAAAGUCUGGGUCCGAGUCUGGGUCCGAGUCCGAGUCUGAUUCAGAGUCCAGCGAUGACGACGACGAGCAGCAGCCUGCCGGGUUUGUAGACCGGGCUCGUGGCGAGGGCAUCGACUCUGAGUCGUCGUCUGAAUCUGACUCCGAUAUUUCUGAUGUCGAGUGGGGCAAGGUCGGCGGCCGGCGCGAGGGCGGGCUCAGCGACGUCGAGGAGGACCCCGACACGAUUCCGCGUGGCGAUGAGACGCGGCGAUUCGCCUGCGUCAACCUUGACUGGGACCAUGUACGUGCAGUCGAUCUGCUCACCGUGUUUUCGGCCUUCAAGCCCGACGGCGGCUCCGUCCUGUCUGUCAAGAUUUACCCGUCAGAGUUUGGUAAGGAGCGCAUGGCCAAGGAGGCAAUCGAGGGUCCGCCGCGCGACAUCUUUGGCGACGGCAAGCAGAUGGAAGAGGAGAAUGAGAGCGAUUCGGACGAUGAUCUUGUCAAAAAGCAGGUUGAGGAUGGCAGCGAGGAGCUGGACCAAGUGGCACUGCGCAAGUACGAGCUGGAGAAAAUGAAGUACUACUUUGCUGUCGCCGAAUUCGACUCUGUCGAGACCGCACGCGCUGUCUACAACCACUGCGAUGACACAGAGUUUGAGGCAUCGGCGAAUUUCUUUGAUCUGCGGUUCGUCCCCGACGACAUGGCGUUCGACGAUGAGCCCACUGACGAGGCAUUCCGCGUGCCCGAGAAAUACGAGCCGGCCGACUUCACCACACAAGCGCUGCAGCACUCAAAGGUCAGCCUGACGUGGGACGCAGACGAGCCCAGCCGCACAAAGGUCACCCGCCGCGCCUUCACGCAGGAUGAAGUUGAGAAUAUGGAUUUCGCCGGGCUGCUAGCAUCCUCUGACGAGUCGUCUGAUGAAGAAGCCCGGACACGCGCACGCAGCCUGCUGUUGGCCGGCAAAAACGACAGCGAUAGCGACGAGAGCCACGCCGAUGACGGCGAAAACGAGAUGGAGAUUACAUUUACGCCUGGCCUCAGCGAGGCGGCAGCCGAAAAGCUGGAGAGCAAGAGCAAGGUGGAUGAUUCGCAUGACAAUGAGACGACCAUCGAGCGGUUCCGUCGCGUCAAGAAGGAGCGUCGCGAGAAAUGGAAGGAGAGCAAGAAGAACAAAAAGAGCGAUCUGGUUUCGGACGACGAGCUGGAUACCGAGACCGCCGCCGAUCCGUUCUUCACCUACAGCGACGACGAGACGCCUGCAAAGACAAAGAAGGUGCGCGAAAGCAAGUCUGAGCGCAAGCAGCGGCAGGAGAAAGAGAAGAAGGAGCGGGAGGAGCUCGAGCUGCUUCUGGAUGGCGCUGAGUCUGGCCGCAAGCACUUUGACAUGGCCGAGAUCAUCAAGUCCGAAAAGCACAAGGGCAAGAAGAAGGGCAAGAAGGGCCAGAAGCGCGCCGAGGUUGACGAUGGCUUCAAGGUGGAUACCAGCGACCCGCGUUUCAGCGCUCUGUACGACUCGCACAACUUUGCCAUUGAUCCAAACAACCCGAACUUCAAGAAGACCAAGGCUAUGAAGGAGCUUCUCGACGAGAGCCGCAAGCGCCACAAGUCAUCAUACAACUGAACAUCGCCAUUACAUUCCAACGAUACUAAAAAAAUACUGAGUUCAAACGGUGUUUGCAUUAUGCCCGGGUGGGUCCUGCCACGGCGAGCAACGACGGUGUGCUAGAUGCUGCUGACUUGUCAGUCUGCUGCUCUUGAGGAUAGUGAGGAUGAUGAUGCUGCUGUUGUGACUCCCACACAGACGGCAUCAGUAGUGUCGAAAAUGUCAUCGCCUGCGGCACGCUCUCAACUAUGUGCUCAUC